AAGCAGAUUAUGUAAAAGAAAUACAAAACUAAGUUUGUCAAUAUUUGAUCAUUUUGAGGGAAUAAUUGACGAAGAUGAGGGGUUUCUCAUAUUUGAAAAGAGCUCUUCAUAUCCGCUCUUCUUAUUCCAGGCUUUUGGUUGUCUCUAGUAUCAGUAGCGGGGGUCUCAUGGUAUAUGCAGAAAAUGUAGACAACAAUGAAAAAGUUAUUGAAAGGAGUCGAUCAGAUUCAAAGAAGAAGAAAAUAGUGGUACUUGGAACAGGAUGGGCUGGUACCAGCUUCCUAAAGGAUAUGGAUAUUUCUUCCUAUGAUGUCGAAGUGGUUUCUCCGCGAAAUUACUUUGCAUUUACUCCAUUGUUACCUAGUGUCACUUGUGGAACUGUUGAGGCACGAAGCGUUGUAGAGCCAGUCAGGAAUAUCAUAAAGAAGAGAAAUGGAGAAAUUCAAUUUUGGGAAGCAGAAUGUCUCAAGAUUGAUCCUGAAAACCAUAAAGUCGUUUGCCAUUCUCUUGUGGAAAAUUUGGUUGGAGAGAAUGAUUUUUCGCUAGAAUAUGAUUAUUUGGUUGUAGCAGUAGGAGCUCAAGUGAAUACUUUUAACACUCCAGGUGUCGUGGAACAUUGUCACUUUCUGAAGGAAGUCGAAGAUGCUCAGAAGAUACGGAGAACGGUAAUAGAUUGUUUUGAAAAAGCUGUGCUCCCGGGCUUAAGUGAAGAAGAGCGAAGGACCAAUCUCCAUUUUGUUAUAGUUGGAGGGGGUCCAACUGGAGUGGAAUUUGCAGCUGAGCUACAUGACUUUGUCCACGAGGAUUUGGUAAAAUUGUAUCCUUCAGUCAAGGAUUUAGUGAAGAUUACAGUCAUCCAGUCUGGAGAUCAUAUCCUGAACACGUUUGAUGAAAGAAUUAGCUGUUUUGCUGAACAAAAGUUUCAAAGAGAUGGAAUUGAGGUUUUGACAGGUUGCCGUGUUGUGAGUGUUUCUGAACAUUCAGUUAACAUGAAAGUAAAAUCUACAGGAGAAUAUGUUGUUGUACCCCAUGGUAUGGUUGUGUGGUCAACUGGAGUUGGUACUCGCCCAUUCGUGAGGGAUUUCAUGGAAGAAAUUGGCCAGGGAAAGAGAUGGGUUCUAGCAACUGAUGAAUGGUUGCGAGUAAAGGGUUGUCCCGAUGUGUAUGCUAUUGGUGAUUGUACAACCGUAGAUCAACGUAAAAUUAUGGAAGAUAUUUCAACCAUUUUUGAAGCUGCGGAUACGGAUCGUUCUGGAACCUUAACUAUUGAAGAAUUCCAAGAUGUUCUGGAAGACAUAAUCAUCCGAUAUCCUCAAGUGGAAUUGUACCUGAAGAGCAACCAUUUGUUUGAAGUAACGGAGUUGUUCAAGGAUUCAGAGGGAAAUGAAAGAGAGGAAGUAGAUAUUGAAGGAUUUAAGUUAGCCCUUUCUCAUGUAGAUUCCCAAAUGAAGAGUCUACCAGCUACUGCUCAGGUAGCUGCUCAACAAGGUUCAUAUCUUGCUGGUUGCUUUAACCGUUGGGAAAAAUGCAACGCUAACCCUGAAGGCCCUCGCCUCUUUGGAAGUGCCGGGCGUCAUGCAUUUCGACCCUUCACGUAUCGGCAUUUAGGGCAAUUUGCACCUUUAGGUGGGAGCAAAGCAGCAGCAGAACUUCCUGGAGACUGGGUUUCAAUGGGUCGUAGCACACAGUGGCUCUGGUAUUCUGUCUAUGCAAGCAAGCAAGUUAGCUGGCGUACAAGGAUUCUAGUGGUAUGGGACUGGACAAGAAGAUACAUUUUCGGACGAGAUUCAAGUCGAAUAUGAUGGCUUUGAGACCCCAUUUUAGACUGUCUUUUUGCAAGAAUUUUCUAUUAGCAAAUUAAUAUGAUGCAAUAAUUUUCUAUUUGUAUAAACUUUUACUGUAAAUCGAAUAGUAAUUUAUAAUUUGUUUAUACUCACAUAUAUUACAUAAGAAUAUAUAUUUCCUCGUUUGUCUUA